AUGACCAGCACUGCUUCUUCAGCCAAGAAGAUCACCUGCUCCAGGUCCUACGCUCUUGUGGAGAUGGAGAAGAGGCUUUCCAUAUGGAUAAAUGAUGAGCUGGAGCGUAACAUGCCCCUCAGCCAGGCCAUCUUGAUGGAGAAAGCGAAGAGCAUUUACGCUCACUUCCAGAGUCAAGAUCCAGAUGUGAUGGAGAGUUUUGCAGCAAGUAGAGGUUGGUUUGACAGAUUUAAGAAAAGGUACAACCUCUACAACCUUAAGAUCACCGGUGAAGCGGCAAGUGUGGACACUGGAGCUGCUGCUGCCUUUCCAGCCUCUUUCAAGGAUGUGGUGGAUAGAGGGAGCUAUCCACCGGAGGUUGUCUUCAAUGUGAAUGAGACCAGGCUCUUCUGGAAGCGGAUGCCAAGCCGCACGUUCAUCUCCAGGGAGCAGAAGAGAGUACCGGGCUUUAAAGUGGCAAAAAAAAGGCUGACCCUUCUUGUGGGUGGGAAGGCCAGCGGUGACUUCCCUAUAAAGCCAUUGCUGGUGUACCACUCCCAGACACCGAGGGCAAUGAGGGGCAUUAGCAAGUCCAGCUUACCAGUCGUUUGGAAGGCAAACAGGAAGGCAUGGAUCACCAGGGAUAUUUCUACACAGUGGUUCACUGACCAUUUCUGCCCUUCCGUGCAGCGUUAUUGUUGGCGCAAGGGACUGGAGGAGAAAGCGUUGCUUAUCAUGGACAAUGCAGCAAGCCACCUGACUAACUUGGCUGAGCUGCCCACCUGCAUUGCUGUGGAGAUCCUAUUCCUACCGCCCAACACAACGUUGCUUAUCCAGCCUAUGGACCAGGGGGUGAUUGCCACCUUCUAG